GCAGCGGUGGCUGUGGUUUUGGAGCGGCAAAUGGCGGCACUUCGAAUUGACGAAGGCGAACCGGGGGAGGAAGGAGUGCAGAAAUUCUUCGACUUGUUGACACGGCUCGAAGGAGCUGAUCUGAAUUUGUACUCCUAAGACUAUUGUGGCUGCUAUACCUCCUGCCAGUCAAACCGCCAUAGCGUCGUCAAAUCUUCAUGGAAUUUCAUGAUUCAACUUGCUGCUGAUAGACGACAGCAACACGCUCCAGAUCCAAUUUACACAUCACCGUUUGAUUCAGUGACCAGAUCGUUAUCAGUAUUUGAAGCCGUCUGACAGAAAUCCGACUGUGCUCUCUAUCUCUCAUUAUAGGCACAUCUAAGCCUAUUGUGAUUAUAACAAGUGGUAUCAGAGCCCCUUGGAGCUGUCUCGACCAUGCCUAGGCCUGAGGAAGGGGGUGGCAGAGGUGUUGGAGGCAGAGAAGACGCCCAAGCACAAGGUCAACACCAAGAUCCACCCGUUGCUCCGGUGCAACCUAGCCUUGGACCCUCUAGGGAUGAGCCUAGAGUGUUUGGCCUUGACAAGUUCAACGGUGACAACUUUGCUGAGUGGUCCUUCAAGAUGGAGAACAUCUUUGACCAUUAUGAUCUGCUGGAGGUGAUGGAAGGAACGGAGAAGCACCCCGAGAACGACCCGGAGAAGAGCCCGUGGGUGCGGAAGAGCGCACAAGGCUACCUUCUACUUGGGCAAGCGUUGGGGAGCAGCCAAAUCCGUCACAUCAAGCCUUUUCAGCGUGAACCAGCAAAGGGACCAAAGGCAUGGGCUGCUCUCAAGGGUGUACACGCUCCUGCAACAGCGGCGGUGGCUGUGGUUUUGGAGCGGCAAAUGGCGGCACUUCGAAUUGACGAAGGCGAACCGGUGGAGGAAGGAGUGCAGAAAUUCUUCGACUUGUUGACACGGCUCGAAGGAGCUGACCUGAACUACAGUGACCUUCAAAAGAAGACCAAGCUGCUAGCCUUACUUCCGGACUCAUGGUCCUCGCUCAUCAUCAACCUUAAUCGAGAUCUGCCCCGUCUCUCACUCGAAGAUGUGAAGCGGGAAAUCUUACAAGAAGAUUUCCGCCGUCGCGAAUUGGCGGGUCCCGAUGGUGCCGGAGUUGCAAGCAUGGGCCGUGGGCACGGCCGUGGAAGGGGCAGAGGGCGAGGAGGCAGAUUUGGCAGCAGCAACUUCAAUGGAGGCCGUGGUAAUGGAGGAUAUGGCAGCAACAACAAUGGCUACGGGCGUGGGCGCGGUCGAUUUGAUGGCGAAUGCCACUUUUGCCACAAGACCGGCCACAUGUGGAGAGAUUGCUUCAAACUACCUGAUGGCUGGACCCCCUCUCAAGGCCAAGAGGGCAGAGGAGCAAGGGGAGGAAGAGGCAGAGGUCGUGGAGGCCGUGGUGGCCGUGGAGGCGAAGCGGCAAGCAUGAAAGGUGGAGACUACGACAAGGACUCGAGUGAAG